UAAUGAUUGUGCUAUAGACUAUAUAAGUACCUCGACCUAAAGCUUUGAAGGUAUAGUGAUAGACGAUAUGAUGAUGUGUGUGUUACUGAUGGUGGUGGUUGUUUCUCUAUUGUCUUCUUGUGAUGCAUUGAAACAGAACUGUAAGUGUGGGGUGUGUGACCUGACAGAUAAGGACCAGGACAAAGUAUUGUGGAAGUGUCAGAAAGAGAAGGGACUGGCAGAAAAAGAACUAACAAGCAAACUCAAUUCAAAUGAAGCAGUGUGUCUAAAUUACCGCGUUACUGCUAGCGGAGAUUGUGACUUUCGUAAAGAGUUACUUCAUGUUGCUCUUGCUAAUCCAAUCAAAGAUAUUUGCAAUCCUUCACAGACCUUUCCUCGUAGAUGCAGCAUACACAAUCAUCCUGAAUUCUCAUACAAAUGUCAUCGUUCUCAGCAGUUCUGUGCUUAUAAAACAAAAUGUCCUGCAGGAUACUAUCACAUGCCAAUAAUCACUAGUUUAGAUCUACCCAGAGACGAUGAUGGUGAGUGCAUUGAUAAGGUUUCAAUUACUUAUGAUUCCGACAAAGUCAUAACAAUAUGUGGUUCACAAGUUGAUGCUGACAGGUUCAACUACAGAAAGGACAGGCUCUCUUCUCUCCCUUUGACUAUUACUUUUGAAAGCAGUCAAUGCUGCCACAACUGUGGGUUCCAUAUUUGGGUUAGCUGCGUACCAGAUCCGAUUAUUAGUGGGUCAAGAUUAUCACCAUUCACUCAAGGAUAUAGAAAUCCUCAAAGGAACUAUAUCUAUCGUGAUGAGAGACGAGGAGAUGUACAUGUUUCUGUACCAUUGGGAGCUCAAGUCGUUUAUAAAGAUUUAUUUAUUACUGUAGUAAAAGGAGACCAGAGCCUCUACCAGUUCACCGAUAUGCAGUCUUUAAAAGUAGUUGAUGAUCUAUUGGGUAACAAUACUUACUACACUACAGCAGAAAAUGUAAAGUUAUAUGGUCAUGGACUUUUAAAAGUACAUAAGGACAGUGCUCUGUAUGAAAAUACAAGAAUCCCAUCUGAAAUAAAGCCAAACUACCUUGAGAAUGGGUACAUUAUAGACACAGUAAAGCUUCUGUCACCUUUUCUCAUUAAUUCUACUUAUCAAACAUUCAUAGAACCAGCCAGCAAAGUCCCUUUGCCGAUAAUUGCUGGAAAGUUAAACCGGUACAAGCCACAGUGUCAAGAGACGGCAGAGAUUACAAUGGGAUUCCCUCAUGCAAGUUGUAAUCCUUUCCAUUACCCAACUCCCAGAGAUAUUUCAAGAGCUCUUUCUGAAGCAAAGUACCUCAGGCGUAACAGCAGGAACCCCUUUGUACUCACAGUUGCUGGAGAUGCUAUUGAAAUGCUGCAAGACUUGACCUCUGACUAAAUAACAAUUACUGAUAACCACAUUGAAUACAUGUACUAUUUAAUAUACCUAUUAUGCACUAGAAUAGGGUGGGGCUGAUAGCAGCAAAAUUUAGCUGCAAGCAAUUGGUCAUUAAUCACGUGAUUUGCUAAUUGCUAAGUUGUUAAUCAGUAGAACAAGAUGAAGUUGUUUGUGAUCUUAGCUCUUAUUGCUCUGGCUAGCUCUGCCUCUCUGGACUGCAAUCAGUUGUUAACCAGUAAUGGGUUUUCCAGUAACUUCAAUGAGACUAUAGCUCAUGCAAUUCACUCUAUGACUGUUGAAGCUCUCAAGACAUUCAAUCCGAGGGCCACCGAACGAAACAAUGUUCCAACAGUUAAUCUGGACAGGUCCUCUUCCGAGAAGGUACUCCCUUAUGCUCCGUCUAAACCAGUGGGGGAUGACUUCUCCACAAGGUCCAUGAACCUAAUUGAUAGUAUCCUGGGUGAGAUUGGGAAUCCAAAUGAUGGACUGGGCCCCAUGUGGUCUCCUGUGGAAAGGAUAGCACAUUCUUUUCAUAUGUGGGACUUGUGGACUCGCAUUCAUGAGGUCUAUGAGGAAAAGGUUCAACAGCAGCAACCAACAGACACAAUCUGCAGUUGCUUACUGGACACCAAAACAAAUGGAAUAUAUAAAGCUGUACAGUGGGUAUCUGAUCAUUAUGAUGUAGGUACACCAAUCACUUUAUUGAACAGACCAAUUCCUAAACUAACUGAUGAGUCAUCAUGGAAGGUAUGGAAGAAUCGCCUCCUUUACUACUAUGAUGAUAAGGCCCUCUUUGAUGCUGCAAGCUACCUCUACUGUGCAACAAAGUCAUUCUAACUCUUGCAUUGUGCUUCCCGCUUUGCUGUGCCUGUGAAUAUUAAUAAUUAUUGUUAUAGCCUGCUUUGCUGUUACAAUGCAUUUUGCUAAUGAAUAAUAUACUUUUAUAAAAUCAA